AUGAAUACUGAAUUGGAUCGCCGUGAAGGCAAAAAACGUUUAGCAUUCUUGAUAGGAAAUGCUGAAUACGAAUGUGAAAGAAAUGUAGCCUGCUCAGUUGAUAGUGUUUUACAAUUCUCCAUUGUAUUAAAUGAGUUGAAUUUUGGUUGUUUGAUGUUGAUAGAUGGUAAUAAAAGUAUAAUUGAAAACUCAUUUACGUGGUUUUUACAAAUGGUAAAUGAUGGUGAUACUGUUCUUAUCUAUUAUGCUGGCCAUGGGGCACAGAGUCUGGUACGUAACGAGACAGCUUGCCAGUGUAUCUUAACUACUAAACUAUUUUCCUAUCUAAAAUUCGGUUAAUAAGUGAUAGAUUAGAGUCGUUUUUUUGACAAUGUGGGUAUGCAAGAAAAGUCAGUGAAAAAGUGGUUGGCCAUUACUAGUGGUGUAUAUUGAUGUAUAACGAGAGUUAUUAUAAAAGGUUUCACCUUAACAUUUUUACUACAAAUUUCUUAUCCCUUUCAAUAGUUCGAGAUAAAACAUCUAUACGUUAAUAUACUAGAAACUGAUCGCUGCUGAGAUACCAACUUUUUCAAAAAAAUGUCAAAAUUCGAGUCGAAAAAUCGACACUUUGCAUAUUGAACUUUUUCAAAAUAGAGCCAAGCUUGCUUUUCCUAAAAACUACUCGCAUACCAGUUGAUAGAACGAUGAACAAAAUGUGACACGUUUUGGCUUUUUGGAGUUAAAUCUGAAGUGGAAAAAGUUAAGAUCCUAAACUUUAAAAAGUUUAAAAAGGUGGUGUUUUCGUUCAAAACGGCUGUCAGAACUCGAAGAUAUCGAGGACUAAAAAUUUCUGUAGUCUGUGCUGUAGAGCUUGAAAUUCUCCACAAGAUGCACCGCAGCACAUUGGUAUAAAUCCUCAGGAAAGUGUUCAAAUUCCAGUUGUAAUGAGACCGAGUAGAAAAAGUGGUCAUUUAAAUUCAAUUUUUAGAGUGCAAAAAAGCAGUUUUGGGGUAAACUAAACAGCAGAUUUGGAAAUUUCGUAGAAAAUUGUAUCCAGAUAUAUGUAAAACACAGACAAAAAUUUUUUGUCGAAAAUAUUCCUCUAGUAACUGUCAGCUGAAAUCUGACAAAAAAUGACUGGAGAGGAGUAUGACUGAAAUUUUCGAAAUCCAACUUUUGGUUUGGAUAGAUUUAAUAAAGACGUAUCUGGAACCAGUUUUUCACGCCGAUUCCGAAUCUAAUGCGGAUUUUGCUUAAAAAGCGCUUUUAUGACUCGAAAUUUGAAUUUAAAUGUCAAGUUAUCCUAGUUCGUCUCCUUCCGCCUGAAAUUUGAGCACUUUUCUGAGAUCUAUUUCAAUAGUGCAUUUUGUAGACGAUUUCAAGCUCUAUAACAUGAGCUAUGAAAGCUUUUGUUCAUAAUAAUUUCAAAGACUGAGAGCGGUCUUAAACAAAAGUGUUUACUUUUUAAAACUUUUUCAGUCCGAGUGACUCGUAAAAAAAUUAGCCCAGUCCUGGUUCGAGUCCACGCGGGACCGAAAUCGAAACUGAAACAGUCAAUGUCUAAUGUGCACUGAUCAGCUUUGUAAUAAAAUGUUCUCUUUAGAAUCAAUUUUAUUUGAUACCGAUUCCACAUCCAUGUUCAUCUACCAUAGACUGUGACAAGCAAUUAAUUAAUAUUUGUUUGAUCAUUCAACAAUUAUACACGUUUAACAAUUUAACCAUCGUCAUUAUAUUGGAUUGUUGUCGUGUACAUAGUUGUGGGAAUGGAAGUGGAAAUUUAAAAUUGAAAUGUAAUUUACAGUGUCCUCAAACUUCUGAUCUGUUAUAAGGCGCCGCUAAUUCAAAGGAGGAGCAACAUCUUAUUUCCGCUUUUAAUACACAUAUUCGGAUAGAGAAUUUCACGCUGAGUCCGAAUAUGACCUUUUUACUUUGAUUUUAUUGAGUUUUGGGG